AAAAAUUGUAAGCAGCAACAGCAGCAGGAAAUCUCUCUGCCUCCCGGUGCAAAUGCAGGAAGGGGAGCCAUAGCAUGGAUGACAUGUCAAUCGAUACCUCUUUGUCCAAACACCCAGAAAGCACUAUAGGAUCAAUGAAAAAAUGCUCAUAGCUCAGGGCGCAAACCUCAUGCUUCCUCUGUGGUUGCAUCGAAAGAGGGAGGUCUGCAAUCCAUAAGGUCCCCCCGCCCCGGCCGUGUCCGUCUGGAAGAGUCAAAAUGUCUGCUGAACAAGCGACGGUGGCCCAGAGGGACCUCCCCUUCCAAACUGUGGAAGAUCUGGGGCUGCCGUUGCAGAUCAAAACAGAGGAGGAAGACGAUGAAGAGGAGAGCCGAGGGGUGAAAGGGCCUUGCGUCGUCCAGGCUGGAAGGCUCAGGGACAUUUUGGGCUGGGCGGGACCAGAGCAGGAACCAGGAGAGUCUGGGCCCCAGGGCUGGGAAGAGCAGAGCCAAGAGCACCCGGUGCUGCUCCAGUCACUGCCUUUGGGGUGGGGGACCCCCCAAGAGACAGGAGGACUCAGGACGAGGCACCGAGGAAUCAGGAGACGGGAGCAGCAGGGGCCAGUUCUGUUUGAAGAGAUGGAUGUGAAUUCCCCGGAGUCGGAGCCGGUCCUCGCGGGUAGGCGGCGGCACCUCCACCGAGAGGCUAAACAGAGGCUGGAGCGUUCCCUCGGGAGGACGCCUUCGAUCACCCCGAUCCCCAGCUUCACCAAAACAAGCCGCCGGGGGACCAACUGGUCCUACGGCGAAGUCCUGGACCUCCUCGAUAUUUGGGGGGAGCAACGAAUCCAGCAGGUCCUUCAAAGCAGCCACCGGAACAUGGACACCUUCCAAGUCAUCGCCAACGAGAUGGCCAAGCGGGGUCACGAGCGGACUGCCCAGGAGUGCCGGACCAAGACCAAAACGCUCCGGCGGGACUACAAGAAAGUCAAGGAGAGCCACGCGGCCGGGCGAGGGCAGAGCGCCUGCCCCUUUUACGACCAGCUGGAGCGGAUUUUGGAGUCCGCUGGGGGGAUUCAAAAGGACGAGUCUGGAGGAAACGAGGAUGCUCCUGUGCGGGGACCCAAGGAAAGCGGCCCCCAGGAUGGGUCCGGGGGUUCUAGGGAGACCCGGGACCUCUUUGACCUUUCAGUUGAUUUAGGGGACCCCACGGCCGUGGCCUGCAAACUGGAGAAUGCCGUAGGCGAACCACGAGGGACCCCUUUGCUGACGGUGGGUAGGUAACCCCUUUCGGUGGCUCCCAAAAUUGAGACCUCCUGAUUUUGGAAUGGAGCUUUUCUGGACUCCAGUUCUGGGCUGUGCCUUGAACAUCAACAGCGGAACAGCUUCCUGGAGCUGGUCACACCUAUAAGCCGCCAUCUUCUGCAUUGGCCUCCCUUGGAUUGACAGUCCGCCCUGCGACCGGCCCAUCCCUUGAACAGCUGCUUUGAGCUGGUAUCCACUGCCCUUUUAAUGCAAGGGAAAGGCCCUUUAGCAUA